AAAUAUUCUCUAUGGACGGUUUCCUAAACAUUUGAAUAAUCAAAGGUUGGAUUUACUUCAAUCUUGAUUUUUUAUUUUUUAUUUUUUUUUUCUGGUUUAUCCUCCAUCUACUUUGAGGCCUAUCAUAUAAACGGUUUGGAUCAUUGAAAAGGAUCACUACCUGAUGACCAAGGUCCCAUAUGUAAUCUAUUGUGAUGCAUGUGGAUGUAUUCUAGUUAUCCAAAUGGAGGUAGAUCCCUAGUCAUUGAUAUAAGCCGUAUAAGCUGCGUCAUGACUUAUUUCCAUACCAACACCAAAACAACCCAAAUCCAAUGACAGAAGUGGAAGAAAUGCAAGACCAGAAAUACCAAGGCCCACAUCUUGUGCUCAUCCCACUCCCAUUACAAGGCCACCUCAAUCCCAUGCUUCAACUGGCCACGCUCCUACACUCCAAAGGAUUCUUAAUCACCAUAGUUCACACACAAUUCAAUUCUCCCAACCCAUCCAACCACCCCAACUUCAAUUUUGAGCCCAUACCAGACGGCUUAUCCGACGAUCGAGCGGCUGCCAUGGACAUCAUAAUGCUCGUAGCGGCCCUUAACGUUGCGUACAAGGCUCCGUCCGAAGAACUGCUCCGCCGGCUCGUAUUGGAGAAUCCAUACGGCCCGAUCAAAUGCAUCAUCUCCGAUGCGAUGAUGCACUUCACACAAGAUGUUGCGAGCAUCCUCAACAUCCCACGGGUUGUGAUACGGACCAGCAGUGCCAUCUCUUUUGCUGCGUUCACUGCCUUCCCUCUUCUCAAGCAAAAGGGUUGCCUUUCUGUACAAGAUCAUCAAUUGAAGGCGCCUGUGCCAGAGCUCCCGCCCCUCCGAUUCAAGGACCUUCCGAGCAAUGGUUUAGCCACAUGCGACCCCGACACAUUGUACCAUUUAGUGACCCACAUGGUUGAUGGAGUAAGGGCAGCCUCAGCAGUCAUAUGGAAUGCGUUCGAUUACCUCGAACGAACGACACUGACGAAAAUUCAACAAGAUUUCCCGAUCCCAAACUUCCCGGUGGGCCCGCUCCAUAAGCAUGCGUCAAGCUCUUCCAGUAGCCUGCUACCACAAGACCACAGUUGCAUUGCAUGGCUGAACAAACAGGCGCAUGGGUCCGUCCUCUAUGUGAGCUUUGGGAGCUUAGUUGCAAUGGAGGAGUCUGCGCUAGUCGAGACCGCUUGGGGAUUGGCCAAUAGCGAUCAGCCUUUCUUGUGGGUAGUGCGUCCCGGUUCGGUCCACGGUUCAGAUUGGGUCGAAUUGCCCGAAGGGUUCAAAGAGAAGACAAAGGGGAGGGGUUUGAUCGUAAAGUGGGCCCCACAACAAGAAGUUCUGGCCCACCCUGCAGUGGGAGGGUUUUGGACACAUAGUGGUUGGAAUUCUACGUUGGAAAGUAUAUGUGAAGGGGUCCCAAUGCUUUGUUCCCCUUGGUUUGGUGAUCAAAGGGUCAAUGCUAGGUAUGUGGAUCAUGUUUGGAGGGUGGGAAUGGAACUUGAGAAUGGGUUCGAAAGACGUGAGAUUGAGCAGGCCAUCAAAACAGUAAUGGUGAGGAAUGACGGGCAGGAGAUGAGGGCCAGGAUCAAGGAUCUGAAGGAAAAUGCUGACCGUUGCCUAAGGAAAGGAGGUUCUUCCUAUGAGUCGUUGAAUAGUUUGAAAGACUACAUCUUGUCAUUGUAAUGCAUCUAUUUGUGUGUCCACAUAUUGCCGUUGUUGCCACGUGUCACUUUAUUGGCCCUACAUUGAUCCAGUCUGUUCGAAAUGCAGGCCUCACUCUCGACAGAGCAUAUCUGAAAAGUAAUACUUUAUGAAAGAUCCUAACUUUCGAAUUGGGGGCCAAUAAAUGGACAUUGAAAAGAAAAUAAUUGAUUGUCUAAAUUGCUUAAUUCAGUCUUGUUAUCGAUAAAUUUUGGUUGAUCCCGUUCAACCUCCUGUGAA